GGAGAGUUAAGAUGGCGGCGUGUGGGUGAGGAGGCUGGGACUCAGACUCCGGUUCUCUCAGUAAAACACUCAGAGCAGCAACACGCGGCCCCGCAGCAGAGCAGAUAUCCGUUAGUACCGUGCAGUACCGAGCCGGGGGGCAGCAUGACGUCCAUCCACUUCGUGGUCCACCCGCUGCCCGGGACCGAGGACCAGCUCAAUGACAGGCUCCGUGAAGUCUCUGAAAAACUCAACAAGUACAGCUAUAACAGUCACCCACACCUCAAUCUGCUUGAGCAGGCAACCUUAAAACAGUGUGUUGUUGGUCCAAACCAUGCUGGAUUUCUCCUAGAGGAUGGACGUGUGUGCAGAAUCAGCUUUGCCGUCCAGCCUGAUCGCUUGGAGCUCAGCAAACCGGAUGGUGGCGAUGGUUCAAAGUUGAGCAGUGGUUCAGGGACAGGAAGGAGCUCCAGGCCAGGCAGGACCAGUGAUCCGCCCUGGUUCCUGUCUGGUUCUGACACACUGGGCAGACUGGCAGGCAACACCCUUGGGAGUCGCUGGAGCUCUGGGGUAAAUGGAGGUAGUGGAGGAGGUGGAAGUGGAGGUGGAGCGGGAGGAGGUGGAGCAGGAGGUGGCAGCAGCGGAGGAGGAAGCAGCAGCGGGGGAGGAGGCGGCGGAGGCACAUCGGGCAGGUCAUCCACAGCAGCUCGGGAUUCCCGCCGCCAGACCAGGGUGAUCCGCACAGGAAGAGACCGUGGCUCAGGCCUUCUUGGUAGUCAGCCACAACCGGUCAUACCAGCAUCGGUGAUCCCAGAAGAACUUAUCACGCAGGCCCAGGUUGUCCUUCAGGGGAAAUCUAGGAGCGUGAUCAUCAGGGAACUGCAGAGGACUAACCUUGAUGUCAACCUCGCUGUCAACAACCUGCUGAGCCGGGAUGAUGAAGAUGGAGACGAUGGAGAUGACACAGCUAGCGAGUCCUACCUUCCUGGAGAGGACCUAAUGUCCCUGUUAGAUGCAGACAUUCACUCAGCCCACCCCAGCGUCAUUAUUGAUGCUGAUGCGAUGUUCUCUGAGGACAUCAGCUACUUCGGCUACCCCUCUUUUAGACGCUCCUCACUGUCUCGCCUGGGAUCCUCUAGAGUUCUCCUUCUUCCCCUAGAGCGUGACUCAGAGCUGUUACGCGAACGUGAGUCUGUAUUGAGGUUACGAGAGCGUCGGUGGCUCGAUGGGGCCUCGUUUGACAUGGAGCGAGGUUCCACCAGCCGCGAAGGGGAGCCCAACCUGGACAAGAAGAGCAUGCCCGUGCAGAGCCCCGUCUCCCUGGGAGAGGAGCUCCAGUGGUGGCCUGACAAGGAUGGAGUGAAGUUUGUGAGCAUUGGAGCCAUGUUCUCAGAGCUGGUAGCCGUGAGCUCCAAAGGAGAGCUGUAUCAGUGGAAGUGGAGUGAACCUGAACCAUACAGGAAUGCACAGAAUCCUUCUAUUCAUCACCCUCGUGUGUCUUUCCUGGGCUUGGCCAAUGAGAAGAUCAGUUUAUUGUCUGCUAACAGCAUCAGAGCCACUGUAGCCACAGAGACUAACAAAGUGGCCACAUGGGUGGAUGAUACACUGAGCACUGUGGCCUCUAAACUGGAACAUAGUGCUCAGGCUUUCCCUGAGCUGCAGGGGGAGCGGAUGGUGUCCCUGCACUGCUGUGCCCUCUACACAUGUGCACAGCUGGAGAAUAGCCUCUACUGGUGGGGCGUUGUGCCUUUUAGUCAAAGGAAGAAAAUGCUUGAGAAAGCCAGAGCCAAGAACAAGAAGCCAAAGUCUAGUGCUGGUAUCUCCUCAAUACCCAACAUCACCGUGGGAACACAGGUCUGUUUGAGGAAUAACCCCCUCUAUCACGCCGGUGCAGUGGCCUUUUCUGUCAGUGCUGGAAUUCCCAAAGUUGGCGUCCUGUUGGAGUCUGUUUGGAACAUGAAUGACAGCUGCAGGUUCCAGCUGCGCUCACCAGAGAGCCUCAAGAAUAUGGAGAAAAGUACCAAGACCCAGGAAAUUAAGAUGGAAAGCAAGCCAGAGCUGGUGAAGACAGAGAUGGGUCCUCCUCCCUCCCCAGCUUCUACCUGCAGUGAUACCUCCUCCAUUGCUAGCAGUGCCUCCCUGCCCUACAAGCGAAGGCGUUCCACUCCGGCUCCCAAAGAGGAGGAGAAGGUGAAUGAAGAGCAGUGGCCUCUCAGGGAGGUGGUCUUUGUGGAGGAUGUUAAAAAUGUUCCUGUGGGAAAGGUGCUCAAAGUGGAUGGUGCUUACGUGGCUGUCAAGUUUCCUGGGACCUCAGGCAGCAUGACCAACCAAAGUGCUGCUGCUCCCACCGACUCAGACCCCUCAUCACUGCUGCAGGACUGUAGACUCCUCAGAAUAGAUGAGCUACAGGUGGUCAAAACUGGUGGUACUCCUAAAGUUCCUGAUUGUUUUCAGCGAACACCUAAAAAGCUCUGUAUCCCAGAGAAAGCAGAGAUUCUGGCUGUGAAUGUUGACUCCAAAGGAGUCCACGCAGUGCUGAAAACUGGGAACUGGGUGAGAUACUGUAUUUUUGACCUGGCCACAGGCAAAGCGGAACAGGAGAAUAACUUUCCUACAAGUAAUCUGGCUUUCCUGGGUCAGAGUGAGCGCAAUGUGGCCAUUUUUACUGCAGGACAGGAGUCCCCCAUCAUCCUUCGAGAUGGAAAUGGCACAAUCUACCCCAUGGCCAAAGACUGCAUGGGUGGAAUUCGAGAUCCUGAUUGGCUGGACCUGCCACCCAUUAACAGCCUGGGGAUGGGGGUUCACUCCCUGGUCAACCUCCCAUCUAACUCCACCAUUAAAAAGAAAGCUGCUAUUAUUAUUAUGGCAGUUGAGAAGCAGACGCUGAUGCAGCAUGUGCUGCGAUGUGACUAUGAGGCCUGUCGGCAGUAUCUGGUGAACCUUGAGCAGGCCUUCCUUUUGGAUCAGGGUAGUCAAGCACUGGGAGCACUUCUGGGUCACCGAUGUGACGGAAACCGUAACAUCCUCCACGCCGCCGUCUCCGUCUGCUUCCCCGUCAGUAACAAGGAGACCAAAGAGGAGGAAGAAGCUGAAAGGUCUGAAAGAAACACAUUUGCAGAGCGUCUGUCUGCUGUAGAGGCAAUCGCCAACGCCAUCUCUGUGGUCUCAAGCAACAGCUCUGGAAAUAGGACGGGCUCCUCUAGCAGCAGAGGUCUUCGUCUCAGAGAGAUGAUGCGGAGGUCUCUGAGAGCAGCAGGUCUUGGUCGGCAUGAGUCUGGUCCAUCAUCCAGUGACCACCAGGACCCCGUCUCCCCACCCAUCGCUCCACCAAGUUGGGUCCCCGACCCUCCACCAAUGGACCCUGAUGGCGACAUCGACUUCAUUUUAGCCCCAGCUGUCGGCUCACUCACCACUGCCUCCACCGGCACUAGCCAGGGACCGAGCACUUCCACCAUACCAGGGCCGUCGACUGAGCCGUCCGUGGUUGAGUCCAAAGACAGGAAGGCCAACGCACACCUUAUCCUGAAGCUGAUGUGUGACAGUGUUGUUCUGAGGCCACACCUACGGGAGCUGCUCUCUGCAAAGGAUGCUAGAGGAAUGACCCCGUUCAUGUUGGCUGUCAGUGGCAGAGCCUACCCAGCAGCUAUCACUGUGCUUGAGGCUGCUCAGAAAAUAGCAAAGGUGGGCGACCCGGGCAUUCCAGAGAAAGAGGGUGCAGAUUCAGUGUUCAUGGAAAUGAUCUGCCCAUCGGGAACCAACCCAGAUGAUUCUCCACUUUACGUCCUCUGCUGCAACGACACCUGCAGCUUCACCUGGACUGGAGCCGAGCACAUUAACCAGGACAUAUUUGAGUGCCGAACAUGUGGCUUGCUGGAGUCGCUCUGCUGCUGCACUGAGUGUGCGAGAGUGUGUCACAAAGGACAUGACUGCAAACUGAAAAGGACUUCUCCGACAGCAUAUUGUGACUGCUGGGAGAAAUGCAAGUGUAAAACACUUAUAGCCGGGCAGAAAGCUGCUCGUCUGGAUUUGCUGUACAGGUUACUCACAACCACAAACCUGGUCACUACACCAAACAGCAGGGGAGAACAUAUAUUACUGUUCCUGGUGCAGACCGUUGCCAGGCAAAGUGUUGAGCACUGCCAGUACAGGCCGCCGCGCAUCAGAGAAGACAGGAACCGCAAGGCUGCUAACGCAGAGGACUCUGAUAUGCCAGACCACGACCUUGAACCUCCUCGCUUUGCUCAGUUGGCUCUGGAGCGGGUCCUGCAGGAUUGGAACGCGCUCAAAUCUAUGAUUAUGUUUGGUUCUCAGGAAAAUAAAGACCCACUUAGUGCCAGCAGCAGAAUUGCCCACCUCCUGCCUGAAGAGCAGGUUUACUUGAAUCAGCAGAGUGGAACAAUUCGCCUUGACUGUUUCACACAUUGCCUCAUUGUCAAGUGUGCUCCUGACAUCACUUUUAUAGACACUUUACUAGGUACUCUGGUAAAGGAGCUGCAGAACAAGUAUACUCCUGGUCGGAGGGAGGAGGCCGUCACGGUCACCAGGAGAUUCCUGCGCUCCGUAGCCCGAGUGUUCGUUAUCCUCAGCGUGGAGAUGGCUUCAUCCAAGAAGAAAAACAACUUUAUCCCUCAGCCCAUUGGGAAAUGUCGGCGUGUUUUCCAGGCUCUGCUGCCCUACGCCGUGGAGGAGCUGUGUAACGUGGCGGAGUCACUGAUUGUCCCGGUGCGGAUGGGCAUCGCGAGACCCACAGCUCCGUUCACGUUGGCCAGCACCAGCAUCGAUGCAGUUCAAGGCAGCGAGGAGCUUUUCUCCGUUGAACCGCUGCCUCCGAGACCUUCUCCUGACCAGUCCAGCAGCUCCAGCCAAACAGCUGCGUCUUAUAUCAUCCGAAACCCGCAGCCUCGGCGCAGCAGCCAGUCCCAACCCGUGAGAGGAAGAGACGAGGAGCAGGAUGACAUUGUAUCUGCAGAUGUGGAAGAGGUUGAAGUUGUAGAGGGAGUUGCAGGAGAAGAGGAUCAUCAUGAUGAUCAGGAAGAACAGGGAGAGGAAAAUGCUGAAGCCGAGGGGCAGCACGAUGAGCAUGACGAGGAUGGAAGCGACAUGGAGCUGGACCUGCUGGCAGCAGCUGAAACAGAGAGUGACAGUGAAAGUAACCACAGCAACCAGGACAAUGCGAGCGGUCGCAGGAGUGUCGUCACAGCAGCGACUGCUGGCUCCGAAGCAGGAGCCAGCAGUGUCCCUGCCUUCUUUUCCGAGGAUGACUCCCAGUCCAACGACUCCAGUGACUCGGACAGCAGCAGCAGUCAGAGUGAUGAUGUCGACCAAGAGACAUUCCUUUUGGAUGAGCCACUGGAAAGGACUAGCAGCUCUUCACAUGCUAACAGCGCGGCCCAGGCUCCUCGCUCCAUGCAGUGGGCCGUCAGAAACACACCCAGCCAGAGGGCGAGUGGAAGUGCUCCCUCCAGCUCAUCCACACCAGCAGCGAGCUCCACAGGAUUGAUAUAUAUUGACCCCACCAACCUUCGGCGCUCCAGUGCCAUCAGCUCCAGCGCUGCGGCCGCAGCAGCGGCGCUGGAGGCCAGCAACUCCAGCAGCUACCUGACGUCUGCCAGCAGUCUGGCCCGGGCCUACAGCAUCGUCAUCAGGCAGAUAUCAGACCUGAUGAGCCUCAUUCCCAAAUACAACCAUCUCGUCUACUCCCAGUACCCUGCUGCUGUUAAACUCUCCUAUCAAGAUGCCGUCAACCUGCAGAACUAUGUUGAAGAAAAGCUGAUUCCCACCUGGAACUGGAUGGUGUCCAUCAUGGAUUCCACGGAGGCUCAGCUGCGUUACGGCUCUGCGCUGUCGUCUGCCGGAGACCCCGGUCACCCCAGCCACCCGCUGCACGCCUCGCAGCAUUCAGCACGCAGGGAGAGGAUGACGGCUCGGGAGGAGGCCAGCCUCCGCACUCUGGAAGGACGCAGGAGAGCAGCCACACUCUUGACUGCUCGUCAAGGCAUGAUGUCAGCGCGCGGCGACUUCCUCAAUUACGCUCUGUCCCUAAUGCGCUCCCACAAAGACGAGCAUUCUGACGUGCUUCCUGUCCUGGAUGUUUGCUCGCUGAAACACGUGGCCUAUGUUUUCCAAGCACUCAUCUAUUGGAUAAAGGCCAUGAACCAGCAGACCACGCUGGACACCCCACAGAUGGACAGAAAGAGAAAUCGAGAGAUUUUGGAGUUUGGUUUGGACAAUGAGGAUUCUGAGCACGAGAAUGACGAAGACACCAAUCAAAGUUCGACUCUGCAGGACAAGGACGAAGACCCCGUUCCAGCUGAGACGGGUCAGAACCACCCCUUCUUCCGGCGCUCUGACUCCAUGACCUUCCUGGGCUGCAUCCCCCCCAACCCGUUUGAUGUUCCCCUGGCAGAGGCCAUCCCCCUGGCAGACCAGCCGCAUCUCCUGCAGCCCAAUGCCAGAAAGGAGGAUCUGUUUGGGCGUCCCUCUCAGGGCUUGUACUCCUCUACUUACAUGACCACCAAAGGCCUGGCUGAGGCGAGCGUGGACAGAAACUGCCUGGAGGUUCUGCCCACAAAGAUGUCUUACUCGGCCAACCUGAAAAACGUCAUGAGCAUGGAAAGUGGCCAGCGGGGCGCAGAGAACCAGUCGCUGGGAGAUCAGGAGAUGGAGGCUUCCAAACCUGGACCUUCACCCCACGACCUGGCCGCCCAGCUGAAGAGCAGCCUGCUGGCUGAGAUCGGCCUCACCGAGAGCGACGGCCCUCCACUCCCAUCAUUCAGACCUCACUGCAGUUUCAUGGGGAUGAUGAUCUCACACGACAUGCUGCUCGGCCGCUGGCGUCUGUCACUCGAGCUCUUUGGUCGUGUCUUCAUGGAGGAUGUUGGAGCAGAGCCCGGAUCGAUUCUCACUGAGCUGGGCGGCUUCGAGGUCAAGGAAUCAAAGUUCCGGCGGGAGAUGGAGAAGCUGAGGAACCUGCAGUCCCGUGACCUGGCCCUGGAGGUGGACCGCGACCGAGACCAGCUAAUACAGCAGACCAUGCGACAACUGAACGCACACUUCGGCAGGCGCUGCACCACCACGCCGAUGGCUGUCCACCGGGUGAAGGUCACCUUCAAAGACGAGCCUGGGGAGGGCAGCGGCGUGGCCCGCAGCUUCUACACGGCCAUCGCUCUGGCUCUCCUCUCCAACGACAAGCUGCCCAACCUGGACUGCGUUCAGAGUGUCAGCAAGGGCAUGCAGGCCAGCAAUCUAAUGCAGCGUCUGAGGAACAGAGACCGGGAGCGAGAGAGAAGAAGUGGAGGACUUCGAGCAGGAUCUCGGAGAGACCGAGACAGAGAUUCAAGGAGACAGCUGUCUAUAGAUACCAGGCCUUUCAGACCUUCGUCGGAGGGAAACCCCAGUGACGAGCCUGAUCCUCUGCCUGCACACAGACAAGCCCUUGGAGAAAGGCUGUACCCACGAGUUCAUGCAAUGCAACCGGCGUUUGCCAGUAAGAUUACAGGCAUGUUGCUGGAGCUGUCUCCCGCUCAGCUGCUGCUGCUUUUGGCGAGCGAGGAUUCUCUCCGCGCCAGAGUAGAAGAGGCCAUGGAGCUCCUCAUUGCACAUGGACGGGAAAAUGGUGCUGACAGCAUUCUGGACCUGGGGCUCCCUGAGGCUCCAGAGAAAGCACAGCAGCAGGAGAACCGUAAGCGUCACGGCUCCACACGCAGCGUCGUGGACAUGGAGCUGGAUGAUCCAGAUGAUGGAGACGACAACGCUCCCCUCUUCUACCAGCCGGGCAAACGGGGCUUUUACUCUCCCCGGCCUGGCAAAAACACCGAAGCCAGACUCAACUGCUUUCGUAACAUUGGCAGAAUACUGGGGUUAUGCCUGCUGCAGAAUGAACUCUGUCCAAUCACACUGAACAGACAUGUCAUCAAAGUGCUGCUUGGUAGGAAGGUGAACUGGCAUGACUUUGCCUUCUUCGACCCCGUCAUGUAUGAGAGCCUGCGCCAGCUGAUCCGUCAUUCCCAGGCUGGUGAAGCAGACGCAGUGUUUGCUGCCAUGGAUCUGGCCUUCGCUAUCGAUCUCUGUAAAGAAGAAGGAGCUGGUCAGGUGGAGCUUUUGUCUGGUGGGGUGAACAUGCCAGUGACCCCCCUCAAUGUUUAUGAGUAUGUGAGGAAGUACGCCGAGCACAGAAUGCUGGUGGUGGCUGAGCAGCCUCUCCAUGCAAUGAGGAAGGGUUUGCUGGACGUACUCCCUAAAAACGCUCUGGAGGACUUGACGGCCGAGGACUUUAGGCUGCUAGUUAACGGCUGUGGAGAAGUCAACGUCCAGAUGCUAAUCAGCUUCACCUCCUUCAACGAUGAAUCAGGAGAAAAUGCAGAUAAACUCCUCCAGUUUAAACGAUGGUUUUGGUCAAUAGUGGAGAAGAUGAGUAUGACUGAGAGGCAAGAUCUGGUGUACUUCUGGACCUCCAGCCCGUCUCUUCCAGCCAGCGAGGAGGGCUUCCAGCCCAUGCCCUCCAUCACCAUCCGGCCUCCAGACGACCAGCACCUUCCUACAGCCAAUACCUGCAUCUCGCGUCUCUACGUGCCACUCUAUUCUUCAAAACAGAUACUCAAACAGAAACUCCUGCUAGCCAUUAAGACCAAGAACUUUGGUUUUGUGUAGACGUUCAACAGAAAAGAGUUUAAAAAGGAAAAAAGAAACAUGUUUACUGUUGUGUAAUAUUUACCUAGUUCCAUUUUUGUAGAUUUAUUUUUUGUCCAAACAAUUUUAUGAAAUUCGACGUACUGUCGCCAUCUCCCCGGGCAGUAAUAUUUGUUUGUGUUGUGAACACAAACGGCUUAUUUUUAUUUCAAUUUUUAUUGUUUUUUUUUUUUUUGUUUCUUUUGUGUUCAAUGAAGAGUUAUACGGUCCAGAACAUUCCUGCAUUGGCACUGUAAAAUGUAAAGCCCACAACUGUGCUCCAUUGGCUUAAACCUUUGCUUCACAGGAAUUGGUUUUGACAGGAAGCUGUCAGCCGAAAACCUAGCCAAAGAUGACAGCAGUAGAAGUAUUUAAAAGAAGAAAAGACACACUGUGAUUAAGUUUUUUUUGUUUUGUUUUUUUCCUUCCCUAGAAAAGUACUAUCACUGACAGUUCACUGCUGCCUUUGUGGAAAGUCCUUUUUUUUCUUGUACAGGGGGAGUAGGGAAUUUCAAAAUAAACUUGGAUGCAAAUAA